AUGGCCAGUCUUGUCCUGCCUGAAUCUUCCAGUGGCCCUUGGCUCCUCUGCUGCGUGGCCCUCUGUCUCCUGGGGGCAGGUUACAUGGCUUCUGAAGUCACCCAGUCCCCAAGACACCUAAUCAAAGGCCAAGGGGAAAAGGCCAUUCUGAAGUGCAAUCCCAUCUCCGGACACGGCUAUCUGUACUGGUACCAGCAGGCUCUGGGCCAGAGCCCCAAGUUCCUCAUUAGUUUUUAUGAAAAGAAGGAGGGAAAGAAAGGAAACAUCCCUGAUCGGUUCUCGGCAGAACAGUUCAAUAACUACAGCUCUGAGCUGGCUAUGAGUGCCUUGCAGCUGGGAGACUCAGCUGUGUAUCUCUGUGCCAGCAGCUUAGACACAGCCCUGUAG